AUGGAGCCUAGGGCCAACAGCUCAAGCUCAGCUGUAAAGCACGAUGAUCCGAAAGCAGCUCUAAAGAUCUUUGUAUUCCCGGUUACACUCACCGGUUGCCUCCAGAGCAAUUGCCUGUAUGGGUUCCUGCUUGACCGAUCUCUAUAUUCUCGGUUGUACUACAGAACGCUGAGACCACGUGGCGACAAGUCCUCCGACGUGUUACGGCAGGCCUUCCAAAGUGCAGAUUCGACAUACCACAUUACUGUAUUCAUUCAGGUGCUUGACGACGCACAGCGCCUGCAAGAGGAGAACGGCGCUCUCAAAGACAAACUUGACAGUCAAAUGAAACGAGGCAUCGAGCUGGAAUACCAGCACUCUGAAGCACAACAACUCGACAAGAAACAGAUAGCCGCCCUGACCGUCGCGAAUGAACAGGCACAAGCACAGGAAACCAAGGACACUGAUACCAAACAGAAAGAACUGGAGAUGCAGGAAAAACUGCAGCAGCUAACAUCACAGUGCGAUGAACUCAGAGCUACAGUCAACAAUAACAACCAGGCACUGGAAGUUGUUGAAAGUCUAGUUAAGACGGUUCUAAUCAACCCCCGGCUAACACCACCUCAGCUGAAAGCUAAUUCAUCUACACUACAUGAUGUGUUGUGGUUGUAUCGAACGAUAGCUCAUUCACUGCGACAGCAACUUCAGCAAUCAGCAGAGCUCAAUGACAACGGCAACGCUGAGAUUGCGAAAUUGAGAAAACAGAAUGCUCAAUUGGAGAAAUCUAUAUUGGAGGCGACUGCCGCUCUCGAAGUAAAUGACGCUACAAAUGCAAAUGCGAAUCAGCAGAACGAUGUGUCCACGCAAAAAACGAGUGAGAGCAAGGAGCAUUGGCUUCAAGUGAUAAAACUUCUACGAGUGGAGACAGAAACACACAGAGCGCAGAUGCUUGAAUUAACUCAACACCUGAAGGAAUCAACCCAAGCACUCGAUGCUCAAGUGGCACUCAACGCUACUCGACUUGAUAGGAUUGCAGAGUUGACAGGAGAGUUGCGAUCGGUAUUGUAUGUGAAGCUCAAGUCGUAUAUAGCUAAUAUUUUCCUAUACUGGCCUGUAUUGUGA